CUUUAGGUGCCGCAGUCACAAGUGCAUCAACCACCAGCGUGUCUGCCCCGACCAGCACAUCUGUCACGGCGUCUACGACUGCCCCGGCCUCUUCUACUUUUUUGUCGACAACUUUCACCAGUCCCUCCUCGAAUACUCUGAGUUCGACUUCGACUUCCCCAACCGUGUCGUCGACAACGUCCAUCAGUUCCUCGUCUCCCUCACUGAUGUCCUCCUCUACUCCAUUUUCAACAUCGUUGAUAAGUCCCUCGUCAACCCCACCCUUAACCCCAAAUUCUUCGUCAAAUACAGUGACUACUUCCGCUUCAUCUACUUCCUCCAUAUCACCGUCUACGACUUUCACCCGUUCAUCAACUUUUUCUUCUUCUUCAGCCCCCGUAUUGACUUUGACCUCAUUAUCAUCAUCGGAUUCCAAGACAGUAGACUCAUCAGGAUUUACUACGCAUACACUAUCAUCGUCCUCCUCAUCCACUCAAAAUAUUUCCUUUACCAUCGCCUCAUCUUCGAGUCCUAGCGCGGUUCCUUCCCUUUCCGACACUCUUUCAAGUUUCAGUUACACCCCUUCUCUCAAACACACUUCGUCUAUCAUCUCAAGUUCCUCCACGCUGCCCCCGAAACCUUCUCCGUCCCUAGCUCCAAACACGAGGUUUGCAUCCAAUACUGGUGCCAUUAUCGGCGCCACGAUUGGUGGCACAGUAGCCUUAAUUGCUGCCACCUUUGUAGCAUUUUUAAUUUGUGGGCGCAUCAGACGGAAUCGUACAAGUCAAUCUAUUGCCGGCAGACGUACGGGAACGCAAGGUUUCGGACCUACUGCGGGUGAUUCUACGGAGGAGAUGGCUGAACAGGGUGGAGCAUCCCUUUCUGCCACAAGGAAACUAGGAAUCCUUGCGCGCGCUGUUAGCGGGGGCAGUAGCUCAAGACCUCUCAAUAGAACUAUUUCCUCUGUGUCUACCGCAGCCUGGCGUUCGCCACUGAGUGAUGAGGAUGGGGACUUUGAAAAUUCAGCUGCCCAAGUACCUUCACCGGUGUCGACCAAUAUAACACCUGGGUAUGGUCUCGGAUUUGGGGAGAGUAGCUCUAGUGGACACGGUCAGGACGUCGGAAGAUCGAGCAGUCAUGGACAUCACUCUGGCUCGGCUGAGAGUUCUGGCUCCACGUAUAAUGCCUCGUCGAUACAGUCAUCUCGGUCACAAGGAUUCAAUAUGCCUGGAUUUGGUCAGGCAGCGGAAACUAUGCGUAUGGGUCCUCCUAUGUCCGCUAAGGAUGUAUCUUCGCAUGGGCAUUCAACACUGUUGAACCAGGAUCAUUCGCACAGCACUGGGACUAUUAGCUCUAUGAAGUUUAACACGAGUAAUAACCACGCCACAAAUUCUGCAAGUGAAGGUUCAGGGUCGUCAAAUUCGCAUUCGCAUUCGAUAACACCUGGUGCACUAUCCGAAAAAACGGCUUCAGCUCAAGCAUUGUCGAUCGCAAUUCCAAAGCUGAAGAUAAACGACCACUCAGUCCCUCCGUCGCGUCCUUCAUCUCCCAAGUCAUUUAAGAAAGGCUUAAUCGAGCGGCUUCGCGGAGGACGCAGUUCAACACAAGUUUCGUCAUCGACCCAAGUUCUCACUCCAGCUUCAUCAUCGUACUAUCCUUCUUAUCCAACCCGGUCUUCGUUGCUUAACCCACCUCUCCCUCUUCCUGACGCUCCAUUGGAACCACCAGUGAUGCCAUUCUUGCAGCCGCCUUUGCCUUUACCUUCACCCGCGCUGACAGAUGACUCUCGGAUGGAUUACACAGAUGGUCUUUUAAAUCCAGUGCACAGCGCACGUUCGGGAGAGGCAGGUAUCAAUGUGGGUUCGUUUAUAGGCAACAACAGUUCGCUGAGCUUAGGGGAUCAUGUUGAUUAUUCCAGGCCUUUCGGUGGAUUUGUGUUCAAUCGGAUGGACAGCUCGACAACCUUCACCAGUGCAGAUACUCGAAUGACACAGCCCGCUGCCGAAACACCGGCACUGCAACAUCCUACCGCUCGUUUAGCACACUUCGAAACAGAGUCCAUAGCCACACUCGAUGCCGUAGGUGACGGCGGUCGAGACAGUUACUUUCCGCCUGGAUAACAUAAAGUGAUGAAACAUCGUCAGCCUUAUAUGCUCGCUCAUCAUAUAUCUUGAGAUAUCGUCUGAGUUGUUGUGAUCUCUGCUACUCCCGCUCGCUUCUCAGAG